AUAUACCAUAUACCGUAGUCGGUAGUCCGUAUAGAGUUGGGACGCUGUAACGAUCAUGGAGUGGUGGCUUUGGACGAUAACUGAACUCCUCAUGGUGGCUCUGUUUCUUGUUUCAGGCUUAGUGUUAGCAGUCAUCUUAAUGGCCUUCGGAAGAAGAUGUAGACACCUUCACGAUAAAGAUCCUGCAAUUCUCGAGGACCCAAAUUCUUUGAAACAGGUCCCAUGCCCCUCAAUUUCUGAUCCAGCUGAGAAGUACAUAUCUUUGAUAAUUCCUGCAUAUAAUGAAGAACACAGGCUCCCUGGAACACUUGAUGAGACCAUGAAUUAUCUUCAACAGCGUGCUGCAAAGGACAAGUCAUUUUCUUAUGAAGUAGUUAUAGUUGAUGAUGGGAGUACUGAUGGGACACUGAGAGUUGCUUUUGACUUUGUAAGAAGAUACACAAUAGAAAAUGUAAGGGUCAUUCUUCUUGGAAGGAACCAUGGCAAAGGAGAAGCUAUCAGAAGUGGAAUGCUCCAUUCACGUGGUGAGCUUCUUCUAAUGCUUGAUGCUGAUGGGGCAACAAAGAUUUAUGACUUAGAAAAGCUUGAAAAUCAGUUCGGAUCUCAGAUAUGCAGACUAGCUAAAAAUGAACUUAAGCUGGGAGAUGCUGCAAAUACUGAUUCAAGUUCAAGAAUAUCUGAUAUUCCAAUUGUUGCAUUUGGUUCUCGUGCACAUCUUGAGGAGAAGGCUCUGGCUACACGGAAGUGGUACCGAAAUUUUCUUAUGAAGGGUUUCCAUGCCGUGGUUCUCUUGACUGCUGGUCGAGGAAUUCGUGAUACACAGUGUGGCUUUAAGAUGUUUACCAGAGCUGCAGCACGGAAGCUUUUCUCAAACGUCCGCUUGAAAAGGUGGUGCUUUGAUGUCGAGUUAGUAUACUUGUGCAAACGUUUUGGCAUCCAAAUGAUAGAGAUAUCCGUAAAUUGGUCCGAGAUUCCUGGAUCAAAAGUGAAUCCAUUAAGUAUCCCCAACAUGCUUUGGGAGCUUUGCCUCAUGUCUGUUGGGUAUAGGACCCAUAUGUGGAAAGUUUGUAUUUGAUUGGUUUCAUUUUGGAGAGACUUAUCGUCUCCAAAGCCAUACCCCAAGUGGUAAUGAAACAUUUGGUGCCUCUGGCUCUGGGUUCUGCGAGAGACAAGGCAAAGGCUCGUUUCAUGAGAGGCAGGAUUCGACCUAGCCACGCAUACAGAUAUUUGAUGUUCCUUGUGGCUAGAUCUUAUCUUUUUAAAGUUAUCUGACCUUUUUUUUGUGGAAUUACUUUAUAGGAAGAAAUAGGUUAUUUUAAUUGCAUUUUUUGAUGGGUCCUUGUAAUCAUGUCUGAGCGCCCAUCAACUGCAGGAUCCAUGAAUGAUGUCAACCCAGAAAUUCCACCUAUUCAAUCUUCUAGAAUUUAUUUAUUUUC